AUGAGCGAAAGUAUAAGACCAGUGAUGCCACGAGGCUAUCUCGGAGCGCAGCCGAUGUUCGCCGAACUGGGACUGUACACCAUCAGCCACAACGACCCGGAAAUUGUGACCGACGACAACCAGUUUGAAAUUAAAAUCGGGACAUCCAGGCCGACGAAAGUUACGGCGAAUCUGACGAACGCGCGAACCUUGCAGUCGUUCACGGAGAAUGUCUUCAGCCAGAUGACCGACAACGUCAUCUCGUUCCUCGUCAACGUGCCGACGACGGGCUACUACAAGCUGCAGGUGUACGCCCUGCCUUCCAGCGACGACAGCAAGACGCUGCCGGGGGUGUUCAACUACCUGGUCUUGUGCAACGCCACGCCCACGGACCCUCACCCGUACCCGAAGCAGUACGCUCCCUGGAAGAACGGGUGUUUCCUGUUCGAGCCUCUGUCAUUGACGAACGAGUCGCAACUCAACAACGUCCAUUUCAAAGUCCGGAUUCCCAACGCCAAAUCUGUCGCCGUCACCUCCGACGGCGAGUGGCAGCACCUCGACACCGAAGGGGACGACGUCUGGCAGGGGAAUGUGUCGUUGGAGAAAUACCGAGGAACGGAUAGCAAGAUUUCGCUCAAUGCCAACUUUGGUGGAGAUACGACAAAAUAUGCGACUCUUCUGGAUUAUUCUCUGUAA